AUGGCCUCUACCACUGCUCUACCAAAGCGUAAUGUCGUUCAAAGAACGGCGACCUCUUCCACUACCGAAUCAGCUCCCUCGACAGCUGCCGGGUCACCCAAUGAUACCCCAAGACAAUCCCCCUCGUCUACUUCUCUAUCAUCUAUGUCGUCUUUAGGCGACGAUGUUAAGAAAACCAAGCCAUAUGGCAGACUCAUCGAUACUUACGGCAACGAAUUUGAGCUUCCAGAUUAUACCGUCAAUGACAUCCGUAACGCAAUUCCAAAGCAUUGUUACGAGCGAUCUGGAGUGAGAGGUUUGGCUUAUGUGGCACGCGACAUUGCCAGCUUGGCCACCACAUUCUUCCUCUUCAACAAAUAUCUCACACCAGAAAACGUUCCCUCAACUCCAGUCCGCGCUGUGUUGUGGGCUUUAUACACCAUUGUCCAAGGUUUGUUUGGUACUGGCCUCUGGGUUCUUGCUCAUGAGUGUGGUCAUCAAUCUUUCUCGACUUCAAAGGUCUUGAACGAUACAACUGGGUGGAUCUGCCACUCUGCUCUUCUCGUUCCAUAUUUCUCAUGGAAGAUCUCUCACGGCAAGCACCACAAGGCUACUGGUAACAUGGAGCGUGAUAUGGUUUUCGUUCCCAAAACUCGUCAAGAUUAUGCUACCCGCAUCGGAAAGUUCGUCCACGAGCUUAACGAGCUCACUGAGGAAACUCCAAUCGCAACCCUCAUUCACUCAAUCGGACAACAACUUGCCGGCUGGCCUUUGUACUUGUUCAUGAACGUCACCGGUCACAACAACCACGAGCGUCAACACGAAGGUCGUGGAAAGGGUAAAGUCAACAGCUUCUGGACCGUCAGUCACUUCAACCCAGCCAGUCCUCUGUAUGAAGCUAAAGAUGCCAAAUUGAUCUUGUUGAGUGAUCUUGGUAUCGCCAUCACCGUCGCUGCCCUUGUCAUGCUUAGCAAGACAUACGGAUUUUACAACAUGGCUGUCUGGCAUUUCAUUCCAUACCUCUGGGUAAACCAUUGGCUUGUUGCUAUCACCUUCCUCCAACACACCGACCCAACUCUUCCUCACUACUCUGGCGAGAGCUGGAACUAUGUUCGUGGAGCCGCAGCAACAAUCGAUCGUGAAUUCGGAUUUAUCGGCCGCACUCUUCUUCACGGUAUCAUCGAGACCCACGUUCUUCACCACUAUGUUAGUACCAUUCCUUUCUACCACGCCGAUGAAGCUACCGAGGCUAUCAAGCCUAUCAUGGGUCGUCACUACAGAGCCGAUGUUCGAGGAGGAUCCCUUGGAUUCUUGAAGAGCUUGUGGUCCAGCGCUCGUUGGUGCCAAUGGGUUGAGCCAUCUGAGGGCGCUGAAGGUGAAGGCAAGAAGGUAUUCUUCUUCCGUAACCGCAAUGGACUCGGUACACCACCAAUGAAGCUCAAGGCAUAA